AGAAUGCCCAGCGGGUGGGGCGGACGGGAAGGGUUGGGGGGCUGGCUCGAGCUACAAGAUCAUAGCCAACAUAUUGAAGAGCGUGGUUGCACGCAUCCUCUCAUUUAAUAUUCCCCAUUGUGAAAUCUGCCAGGACAAGAUGAAGCUCAUCAUCCUGGACGACUAUUCUCAGGCCAGCGAGUGGGCCGCUAAGUACAUCAGGAACCGCAUCAUCCAGUUUAACCCAGGACCAGACAAGUACUUCACCCUGGGGCUCCCCACUGGGAGCACCCCACUUUGCUGCUACAAGAAGCUAAUUGAGUACUAUAAGAAUGGAGACCUGUCCUUCAAAUACGUGAAGACCUUCAACAUGGAUGAGUAUGUGGGUCUUCCUCGGGACCACCCAGAGAGCUACCACUCCUUCAUGUGGAACAACUUCUUCAAGCACACCGACAUCCACCCGGAAAACACCCACAUUCUGGACGGGAACGCAGCUGACCUGCAGGCUGAGUGUGACGCCUUUGAAGAGAAGAUCAAGGCUGCGGGCGGGAUUGAGCUGUUUGUCGGAGGCAUCGGCCCCGAUGGACACAUUGCCUUCAAUGAGCCGGGCUCAAGUCUGGUGUCCAGGACCCGUGUGAAGACGCUGGCCAUGGACACCAUCCUGGCCAAUGCUAGGUUCUUCGAUGGAGAUCUGACCAAGGUGCCCACCAUGGCCCUGACAGUGGGUGUGGGCACUGUCAUGGAUGCUAGAGAGGUGAUGAUCCUCAUCACAGGUGCUCACAAGGCGUUUGCUCUGUACAAAGCCAUCGAGGAGGGAGUGAACCACAUGUGGACCGUGUCUGCCUUCCAGCAGCACCCCCGCACCGUGUUUGUAUGCGAUGAGGACGCCACCCUGGAGCUGAAAGUGAAGACUGUGAAGUAUUUCAAAGGUUUAAUGCUUGUUCAUAACAAGUUGGUGGACCCCUUGUACAGUAUGAAAGAGAAAGAAACAGAGAGAAGCCAGUCUUCUAAGAAGCCGUACAGUGAUUAACCUGUGCUGACCCUAGUGUCAAGUACCUCAUUGGGACAGGCCAAUCUUUCUGGAAAUUGUCUGGAGAACAGAAUUGUAUUUUUUUAAUCCAGUAUGAUUACUCCAGAUGAACAGGUGAACUUACUGUUCCUGGCUCUGCAGCAUGGAGCCUAGUGGUGGAGUUUAGCUAUAGGAGAAAUGACUUGUUUGUAACUUAAUCAGGAAAAAAAACACUCCGUAAUUUUGAUGUCUGCUCCACAGAUGAGGGGUUUUGGCGCUUUGUUCUGCCUCUGACACUGUUCACAUGUACAGCACACUCCAGUCAGGAUUUCUGUCAUUAUGUGCAGAUUCUCAGUGGGGGAAAGAGGGGCUGUUGUACUGGACAGAGCCUCUUUGGAGAGGCUUGAGAGCCCCUCUUGAGCAGGCCUGCCCCUUAUUUGAGAAUCACUGUUCCAGAUUAAGGGACAAACUCUCAAUAUGUAAAAUCAGCAUUAGGAGGCAGUCCCUCUGGUCAGUAACAAGUGCCAUGGAAAGAAACCUGCUCCUUACUUUCUUUCCUCCUUUCCCUCUCUCUUUUUUUCUCUCUCUCAGUUGGCCUCUCCAUGAACUCUGAGGACUCCUUGGGGAGGAUUUGGGAGGGGAGGCUGAAGAGAAGGCUUUGCUGAUAAGCUCAGAACCUCAAAGGGCCCAGCAACGUCAAACUCCUCUCCCUCAGGGACCUUCCAGUACCGGCAGGAAGGCAGAAGCCCUUUUCCCACCAGUGCCCUGUGUUUUGUUCCAAGGUCUCACUGGCUCCCCCUUUACAUACUUAUUAAUACGCAGAAGGUCCACUGGGGCAACCAACACUGGCAAAAUUUCAAUGUGUUCAGCCAAGGUGACGGGGGCUGGGGUAAGCAGCUCAAUUAUGAGUUUAGUCACAACACCAGUGACAUGUUCUCCUGCUUCCCUUAGGAGCUGAGUGCCAAGACUACAUACAAAUGCUUCUAAAGCCGCCUUUCCCCACCUAAAAUACCCUGGCCUUCUCACCCUCUUGGGUUCAUGUGGUGAGCUCUGAUGUUUCCAGAACAUCGGGAAAUAGAACCCUUCUGUCCCUGUACCCUUCACCCUGUUCACAAGACGAGUCUAUUGCUCUGCCUGCCUUUUACUCUCUUAAGCCUCCUGCUCCCUCUUUGUGCCUGCUUCAAGCUGCUGCCACCUCUAUUUCUGAUGAAGAUCUUUCUGUGCUGUGCUGGGUACCAGCAUUUUGUCCAACUUUUAUACAUGGUUGUGCUGUUAUAGGUCAGUGGGCUGGCUUACAAUGUGAUGUUUUCUAUUAAAUCCAAUAUUUUCAAAUUUGUCAUUUGUGGACUUCACCCCCAAUCCCCUAAAAGGUCAGAAGAUGGUCUGGGUUCAUACAUAUUUUGGGAAUGGCUGGUGAACAAAGCUUUACACUCCUCAUACAGCUCUGCAGGAAGUCACAAUCAUAGCAACUGGAUCUUUUGCAUUUACUCGGGGAAAAAGAAAAUAUUUCAUAAAACUGAAGCACCUGUGUGGAAAAUGGCAGGAAUGAAUAGUAGAACAAUAAACUGUCAUGUUCUAACUGUAUUUGGGAUCCAAACAAGGAUAUAGCUGUUAAAAAGAACAAGGCAGAUCUGUGAACAGGAGGGAUACAAAAACUGCAUGGUAUGGAAAAUAGGUUUAGUUUUGUUUUUUAAAGUUAAAAAUCAAUAAUAAUGGAACAUCUUGGGUCAAUAUAACCAACUGAAGUACAAGUAGAAGUUGGAAGAAGGGUUUUAUUUUUUACCAGUUAUAUUGACAUAUAAUUUAUGUGCCCAUAAAUUCACCUAUUUUAAAUAUAAAUGCAAUGAUUUUUAUUAAGUUUCUGCAUGGAGUUGUGCAGGUUCUCACCACAAUCAAUUUCUGUCAUCCCCAAAAGCUCCCUACUCCUGUCCCAUGCCAGGUGACCACUAGUGGGCUUUGUCUACAGGUUUACCUUUUCUGGAUGUUUCACAUAAAUGGAAUCAUACAGCAUGACAUCUUUUGGGUCUGGCUUUCACUGAACAUGUUUUUGAGGUUCCUGUGACAUGCAGCAGUAAUCCAUUCCUUUUUAUUGCUGAAGAGUACUCCAUUAUAUGAGUAUGUCCUCUUGUUUAUGCAGUAAAAAGGGGUUAAUUUUUAAGUAGGUAUGUUACAGAAAAAAAUUAUAUUAGAAUGAAAGGAAAAAGGACUGUGAUGACUGCCAAACUUAAGACAUCUGUAUGAACUCAGGACCUUACAAAGAGCUGUAUUUCCCAGGCCUGUGUUUCCCUGGUGGCUCAACAGCAGUGUCAUCUGCUUCAACCAGUUCUUGUGUGGAUCCUGGGCCAGGCUGGGCCUCUGACACUAUGCAGGGCUUCUUGGACAGAAGCUAAUUUCAUGGGUUUGAGCAGGGAUCACAGUGGGCCUGGAAUAUCUUGUUGCCAGAAAGCAAAGGUGCUUCUAAAAACGAGGCAGUAUUAAGAGGACAAAGCAGCCUGUUAAACGGGGCUCCCAAUGGCCAGGUUGUGACGAUUUGAUCAAUGAAGAACUAUUAAAUAUAGUUAAGAAAAA